UAAGGCAUUAAAACAGGGGGGUUUCCUCUUGUGAUUUAAAUGUCUUUACCAAAUCUACAUACUGCACCUUUAAUAUUUAACAUAAGUAUUGAUAGACAGUUAAUAUAGAAGAUUUGCAAAGUCAGUUUUCCAUCUGCUGCGUUCAAAUAAAUCAGUAAAGGUAAAAACAACGUUGUAGCUCAAGUUGAUGAACACCACUUUAGACAUGUGGGCUUCUUGCUAGCAGAUGGCGCAGUUUAUAAAGAUUUAGCAGCAGGCCCCAAAUCUGGUAGCUCGGGUUAAGUGAGUGAGUCCCGGCAGCCAAACCUCAGGCAGGCAGUGACAGGACAGGUAGAGUUACAGUAAGACGCAGGUCGAGGCGUGUUUUGAGAGUCGGGACGCAGGACACCAUAUCCUCCCAGAGCUGACAUUACUGUGACAUAUAACUGAACACGGCAGCUAGCUAGCCGGCUAGCUAGUUAAAUAGCGAGCCACGAUGCUGCUGUCCAUUACAGGCUCCCUCAUCAGGAACACCCGCGUCGUCCAGCGCGUCCGGCUGAUCCACACUUCUCCCAUCGCCAGGAUGCCGAUACAGGUUGGUGAGCAACUCCCUGCAGUGGAGGUGCAGGAGGGGGAGCCAGGAAAUAAGGUGGCUAUGGAUCAGCUCUUCAAGGGGAAGAAGGGGGUCCUCUUUGCUGUACCUGGUGCAUUUACCCCUGGUUGUUCCAAGACUCACCUCCCAGGUUUUGUGGAGCAGGCCGGCGAGUUGAAGAGUAAAGGAAUAGAGGAGGUCGCUUGCAUUUCUGUCAAUGAUGCGUUUGUCAUGGCUGCCUGGGGAAAAGAGCAUGGAACAGAUGGCAAGGUUCGGAUGCUGGCUGAUCCCACUGGAGCUUUUACUAAGGCAGUUGACCUGUUGCUUGACAAUGAUCAGAUUGUGCAGGUUCUUGGGAACAAGCGAUCCAAGAGAUAUUCGAUGUUGGUGGAGGAUGGAGUCGUGAAGAAGAUCAAUGUGGAGCCUGACGGCACUGGGCUGACCUGCAGCCUGGCCUCCAGUAUUCUGUCUGACCUGUAGAGUUAUUUAGAGCUUAGUAAAAACUGUGAACCCUGAGUUCCUGUAACUGUUGCACUAACAAAGCCCUAUCCCAACCCAUUACAAGUGCUUCAUCCUUUACCCAAAGACGGAUGCAAAUACAGAGCUGGAAGGUAAUUAAUGCGCACAACUUUGACAUAAAUGGCACUCCAGAUCAACACACACCAUCCUCUGUAUACUGUUACAUGUGAGUAAAUAAAGUUCACCCUGAAAGCAAUAAUCACCAA